CUAUUAUUAAUAAUUCAAACUUUUUUUUGAAGAUGUCUGGACAUAGAAUGGGUAAACCCGAUAUGAUUAAGGCGAGAAAUAAGGAGAGAAUGGAAGGUCGUGCUUGUAGACUUACGGCGACUGGUAGGAAGGAAAAUGAAGAAAAAAAAUUCACCUAAGGUUAGAAGGAAGAAGAAGGCGGAUGUAGUGCGUCGUGACAGCCACUCUACUGUGGGGCAGUUGUCUCUUAGUCGAGGUACUACCAGUACUCCUACACCAGAGAGCGCACCGGUAUGGCAGGCUAAUUGGAGUGAUUCCAUUGACGAGGAUGAUGAUGAUGACGGUGAGGCUGAGGUUGGGAAUGCCCCAGAUGCUGGUGAUGCUGCUGGUGAUGCUGCUGGUGAUCAUGCUGGUGAUGCUGCUGGUGAUGCUGAGGAUGGGGAUGCCCCACCUCAAGCUGAUUUAGGCGUGGGGAAGACGUCGCGGGUCGGGAUAUCUUCUACUGCCUCCUCCCACUUCCGUGGCCCCGAUGGACGCUAUGCGUCCAGACCUAGUAGCGAGGAUGGCGGAGAUGGAAAUAGGAAGAGGAAGACCACGAGGAAAGCUAUGUCGUGGUUUCUUACAGCCGAGUCUCCGAUGUGUUCAGGUGGACCAGUGAUUCCCGAUGUGAUCCCUAGCUUUGGAGGUCACAUUGGUCUUGUACUGUGGAAUUCCCCUGAGCAGGACCGUGGAGUGUUGGACGGCUUCCAUAGGCCGAAAGCUAUAGAGACUUUGAGGCGAUAUAAGUGGAGUGCAGAGGGUUCCAAGGAGAUGGUUGAAGCCACAGGAUUGUCUCACUUGACAGGGUGCAUGAAGCAGCAUUUAGAUAUGGCUCUACUGUCGGCAUUUGUGGAGAGGUGGCAGCCGGACACAAACACCUUCCACAUGCCGUUUGGAGAGAUUUCGAUCCUUCUACACGAUGUGCAUCACAUUCUUCAGAUACCGGUUGACGGAGAGAUGAUGGGAGAUGAGGCUUCGCCAGAUACUCUUAAGUCAGACAUGGGUGGUCUAGUUCGACUUUCGGUGGAUGCUCAUGUUGGUGGUAAGUGGAAGUCUAAGUGGUACGAUAAUGGUGCUAUGCAUGCAGAGGGAUUGUUGGUGCGUGGGGGAGAGUUGAAGAUUAAGGAGAUGGAGGUGCAGUGUUACCUAUUUGUGUUACUGGGAUCAACGCUUUUUGUGGAUAAGAGUCGUGAUCGCCUUCGUCCUUCGAUCAACUUGUUUCUGAAGGAUCAUCGAUGAUUGACUGAUUAUGCUUGGGGAGCUGGUGCACUAGCCUAUCUCUACAGACAGUUGGGAGUGGCCACACGAGCGGGUAGUAAGGGUCUUUGUGGUUGUUUGACCCUGCUUCAGGCUUGGAUAUAUGAGUACUUUCCUCUAUUCCGUCCGAGUCAGCUGCCGCAGUCUUCGGAUGCACCUCGUGCUUCCUCGUGGAUUUCUCCCCGUUUGCCAGGUGGGGAUGAGGCUAGACAGAGGUUAGCACGUUAUCGACAGUUGUUGGAUGAGCUUUCAGCUGAUGAUGUGACCUGGACUUCGUACGGACGAGAUGGCCACACAGAUAUACCCCGCUCCUUGUAUACUGGCCCCAUUCGAUUUUCUGACAUUGCUGAGGGAUACGAUCCUGCACGUUGUCUGCACCAGUUUGGAUACCGACAGAUUAUCCCCCGUGCUAUGACGGUUGUGUUUUUUUUACUUUAGUUACAUUCAAUGCAUUGCUAAAAUAGUUAAUCAAGAUUACUAAAUGUUUCAACAAUAGAGAGUUAUACAAUUCGUAAAAUAUACUUCCAAUCUUCAUCCCCGUGAGUUCAAUCUAUCAUAAAGCGCACGCUCAUGUUAGAAGAAUUGAUCCCACCCAUUGACACUAGGGUCAUGAAAAAUAAGCCAAAGGCCAUUAAUUGGAGGCAUGGGCACUUGACCAUGUCGAAAGUCAAGUCGCACCCAAUGAUCCCCCGUAAAAUAUAGUGAUACGAUCCCACGUGGUCUUGUUACUCCUGGUGGGGCCGUCACAGGUAGCACGGUAUAACGACCGCCUUGACUGUAUACAACGAUAGCCCAUGAAUGCAAGGUGGCGAAGACGAAGAGUUCCGCAUUAUCCAUCCAGUUGGGAGGUCCACAGCCACUUGUUGAUGCCCACCUGCAACGUCGAAUGCCAUUUUCUAUUCCAUUUGCUAUUCCAUCAUAGUAGUCUCUAUAAAGCUCAGGACGGGAUUCAAGCUCCUCUACAACAGCGCGUCUCAUUUGUGGCCAAUUGCUUUGGUCCCCAGUAACUGCUUGUGAUAUAGCUCGAAAUCCACAGUGUCCAUCUGGAAUAGGGUUGAACCAACCACGAACUAGUCGUUGCACGUAGGAUUCCAAACAAUGUAGCCAUGGGUAAUUCUUCCAACUAGUAUUGGAAAUCCGAGCAACCCUCCACGGGGCACCAUCUAGUCAAAGAGCAUAACACAAUAAAUUAAUACAAAGAGUUAUGCAAUAUAUUUAUCCGAAAUUAGGAAUAUAGUUUCUAACCUGUAUCAUUAUGGAUCACCGGCUCCGUCUCAUUCUCGAAGUUGGUUUGUGCAUUCACAUUCGGGGCACCACCUAUCUCAUUUAAAAAAAUAGAUUAGUUGUACACUAUAUUGAGGACAAUUGAACACAACUAAUAGAACAAGUUUUUCUACCUGUAUUUCCAUCAUUGUCGGGAGUUGCAGUCGAAAGUCUUGAACUUCUCCUCCCUCGUCUCCUCUCCACAUGCUCGAAGUGAGAUAGGUUUCGAGUGGUGGACGUCCUUGGGCGACCGGGGCGGGGCUGUCCCCCAUGCGGCUCAUCAAUGCCAUCAUUUUCAGGAUAAAGAUGGCUCCGGAGUAGGCCGAUUGCACCUUGAAUGGUCUCGUCGCCUCUAUCAAGAACCUCCUGUACUAGACCUUGGAACACACCACGGUUGUAAUCACUAUGGUCAUCCCACUCUGGCCGAGUAGGAGGUUCACGAUAGUUGAUAACGGUCCAGAAUGCCAACACAUCAUACAAGGCGAAAUCCCGAUUUUCACGUCGUGCUAACUGAAUGGAACAUCUACAUGGGAGACUAUAGGUAGGAGUAAACGUACAUGUACAAG